GGAGGCUUAGUUUCUCCUCUCGCCUGCCCUUCAAACCCUGGGGGUAGCCGAAAGCGGCUGAGGAUUCCCAGUGUUUUGGGGCUCCGUGGUCCUGGAGUGACGAGGAGUGAGUAAUAAGAGAGCUCGGAAUAUACGCGCUAGGACUUAAGGACAGACCAGAAGUGACCCCCUGAGUGGGGAGAGGUUUGCUAGCAAACUCGGCGUGUCCUUUCCAGCCCUGGGCUGCCACUCACUCCAUCAUGGACCACGCCGGCGCCGGCUCCAGCUUCCAGUCUGACCUGGAUUUCUGUCCCGACUGCGGUUCGGUCCUGCCUCUGCCUGGGCCUCAAGAGAUGGUCACCUGUUCUCGCUGUGGCUUCUCCAUCAAUGUGCGAGAUUUCGAAGGGAAGGUUGUGAGGACCUCAGUUGUGUUCAAUAAAUUGGAAACAGCCAUGACUAUAUCGAUGCAGGAAGGACCUGAGUUCCAGGGACCUGUGGUUGACAGGCGCUGCCCUCGAUGUGGCCAUGAAGGGAUGGCAUACCACACCAAACAGAUGCGUUCAGCUGAUGAAGGGCAAACAGUCUUCUAUACCUGCACCAGUUGCAAGUUCCAAGAAAAGGAAGAUUCUUGAUGUUUUUCUGGAUGGCCCAAUAAUCCCUCCCUCUAUUGCUUGAAAGGUGCAAUAUACUGGAUUCUUAGAUCCCUUGUCUAUUUCUGGUUGCAGUGUUUUGCACCAAGAGGAAAAGAAGCAGAUCAUUAUACGGAGAUUCCAAUUAUCCUUAAACUAUUUCUAUCCCUAGGUGAAUUAGCUUAUUAAAGUUAUAUUUUUCUAUCAGG